AUGACCCUUUCCCCAGAUAAAUCCAGAGUAGUCAUCUUCGGUGCUGGAAACUUUGGGAGCUGCCUGGCAGACCAUCUGGGGGACUCUGACCACGAUGUGUACAUGUGGUCGCGCGACGCGAGCAUCGUCGAACACUUCAACAAGUUCCACCGCAAUCCUCAAUUCCUCAAGGAGCACGCGUUCUCCGAAAACAUAAAAGCAAUCGGCCCCGAUCUUCCCACCGCCGACUUCCUCAGUGAGAUGGACGUUCUAUUAUUUGCCAUCCCUACACAGGGCUUGAGGUGCAACUUGAAGUUGCUUCGACCCAGACUUGAUGAGAACAAACUUCCUCUGCUCAUAUUUGUCAACAAGGGCAUAGAGAUGGGAACCAAUGCUCUAACUUUGGAAAUCAUCGCCGACACUUGCGGGGAACAUAUUGCCCGAGCAGCUACGUUUAUUUCUGGCCCUUCGUUCGCGAAAGAGAUUGUCAGACGACGCCCGACAUCAGUUUCUGUCGCAUCGUUCACAAUCUCGGAAGCAGAGAAGGCAACUCAGGUCUUCCAUCAACCAUGGUUCCGCUGUUACACCGGCGGUGAUCCCAUAGGCCUCGAGUUAGCUGGUGCCUUGAAAAACGUGUACGCUCUUGCUGCGGGGAUGUCUGAUGGCCUUGGCUAUGAGAAUAACACGCGAGCAAUGAUGAUCACAAGGGGUCUGGCAGAAAUGACAUGCAUCGGAACAGCGUUUGGCGCGGAACCCUUGACCUUCUUGGGCUUAGCUGGUGUUGGUGACCUCUUCCUUACGUGCAGCUCACCAACAAGUCGAAAUUACACGGUAGGCUACCGGCUUGGGCAAGGGGAGUCAUUGGAGACAAUAAUAGACACGCUUGGGAGCGUGGCGGAAGGAGUUUCAACGGCGAAGGCAGUUAAAAAUAUCAUCGAAGAGCUGGAUGUUAAAGCACCGAUAGCCACAAGUAUUUACAACGUCCUGUACGAAGGCAAAGAUGUCCGAACUGCGGUGUCUGACCUAAUGGCGAUGCCGCCGUCGCGAGAGCUGGAACUACCCCCGAAAGCUGGCGGACCCAAGUGGCGACUGGUGAAGAAGGUUGGUCUUGAGUGA